AUGGAAGGAAUUAACAGUAGUACGGAUGCUGCAGAAAUGAGCUUUGGCGAACUUAGGAAGACGCUGAGAAAAUUUAGAGAAAAUGGCACUAGAAAUGCAACAGUUACCUACAAACUGGGAAAGUACAUGUGCGACAAUUACUCCUCAAAACUCGGCAACGAAGUCUGGGACGUCUACGAGCAAAUGUUCUUCGCCUGCAUCGACUUGGGAAUCAACGACAUCGGCCUUUCCUACCUUCGCCAAAUCAAGGAGCAGUUUCCGGAGUCGAAGAGAGUUUACAGACUGAUUGGAGUUCUCCACGAAGCAGAUGGAGAAUUGGCAGAAGCGGAAGAACUCUACAAAGAGAUGCUGGAGGAAAACCCAGGCGAUGCAGCGAUGACGAAACGGCUUAUCAGCAUGUACAAAACUAAUGGAAAAACUGUCGAAGCCGUUAAGUUGCUUGUAUCGUACUUGGAAACGUACAAAUGCGACAAUGAGGCGUGGCUUGAACUAGCAGAACUGUACCUCAGCGAGUAUGAGUACGAAAAAGCUGCUUAUUGCUUCGAAGAGCUCAUUCUCAUCUCCCCCGCGAAUUAUUUAUACCACCAGAGAUACGCGGAAGUUCGAUACACAAUUGGCGGCGCUGAGAAUUAUCUCAUUUCCAAAAUGCACUUCUGUCAAGCUGCUCGCCUCUCAGGAAACAGCUCAAACAGAGCGCUCCUUGGAUUAGUCACAGUCUGCGAGACGCUCAGAGGCCUAAAGGGAGUGACAACAGAGGAUAAAGAAAGCUGCUUCAAACUAGUAAAAUGGGCGAAAGAAAAACUCACGGACAAGUACGAAAAAUCCAAGGUAGAAGUUUCCGACGCCUGCCCAAAGAAAAAUUCACCAAAGAUGACGGACCAUAUUGAUUCUGGCCUCGAGACUGUUUGUGCAAUUUUAGAUUCAGUCAAACUCUAG